AUGGACAUCAAGGCAACAUAUUUAUGGACGGACACUCAAGUGACGCUCACAUGGAUCAAAAAACACUCAUCUCGAUGGAAGGAUUAUGUGCGCAACAGGGUAUCACAAAUCCAAGAACUCACGAUACAUGCUCAUUGGAAAUUUGUUCCAGGUACAAUCAAUCCUGCUGACUGUGCAUCUCGUGGUGUAACAACAGCUCAACUUGAAGAUCAUACAUUGUGGUGGGCAGGACCACCAUGGUUGGCUCAACCGAAAGAUCGUUGGCCCGCUCAGCCAACGUGCUCGGACGAGCAGUGUACAACAGAAUCGCGCCCAGGAGUGUCACUCUUCACAACUAACAUAAAGGUGGAUUACGACUGGGAUCUCAUCUACAAGUAUUCAUCGCUCAAUCGACUGCUCAGAAUCACAGCUCUCUGUCAGGUAUUUAUUCGACGAUUGAGAAAACGACACGAGGGCUCUCAAGCUUCACACAUCUCAGUCGCUGACUUAGAGCAAGCUAAGAUCUUCUGGAUCAAGGUUACUCAAUCAACAUUUUUUGCACAUGAGCUGAAGAUGCUCAGCUCACAAUCACGUCUAGCAACUUCUCAUCCAUUCAGUCGUCUCACAGCAUUUAUUGAUCAUCAAGGGGUUGCUCGUGUGGAGGGACGACUCAAGAAUUCCACCCUCAAUUAUGAAGGCAAACACCCUGCAAUACUCCCUCGUCAUUCGAGAUUGUCUGAAUUAAUCAUCAGCUGGUCCCACCAACGGACACUACAUGGAGGCACACAACUCACCUUGGCGCAUAUCAGGCAAUCAUAUUGGAUCAUCGGUGGACGUGCUCCAGUAGAAUCUCAUAUCUUGCGGUGUGUGGUGUGUGCUCGACAAAGGGGGAUUCGUGCCCAUCAACUGAUGGGCCAACUACCUCUGCCUCGGGUCACACCCUCACGUGCAUUCACGCAUACUGGCAUCGAUUAUGCUGGACCACUCACACUCAAAACAUGGAAGGGAAGAGGAGCCAAAACUCAUAAAGGAUGGAUUUGUGUGUUUGUCUGUUUCGCCACAUCUGCGGUUCAUCUAGAAGUUGUUUCAGACUACUCAACGGACGGAUUCAUCUCAACGUACAGAAGAUUUGUCUCAAGAAGAGGCAUCCCUCAUUCAUUGUACUCCGACUGUGGCACAAACUUUGUCGGAGCAGAGAAAUCUCUCCAAACAUUGUUCACAGAGAGUUCUCAAGAUAACCGGCGCAUCUCAUCCCUGCUUGCUCAAGAUCGCACUCAAUGGAUUUUUAAUCCACCAGCUGCUCCACACAUGGGUGGUAAAUGGGAAGCAGUGGUAAAAUCACUCAAACACCACUUGCGUCGUACCAUAGGAGAGACGUUGCUCACAUUCGAAGAAACGACAACCCUGCUUGCUCAGAUUGAAGCGAUCUUGAACUCACGACCUCUCGAACCACUCAGCGACGACUCAGAUGACAUCUCAGCGCUCACCCCAGGACAUUUUCUCAUCGGAAGUGCUCUCACAUCAGUACCGGAGCCGUCACUGAAGGACUUAGCCACCUCAAGGUUAUCCCGAUGGCAAUUCAUACAACAGCGAGUACAGCAAUUUUGGUCUCAAUGGUCAGCUCAAUAUCUGCAACGACAACAAGCAAUCUCGAAGUGGCAUCACCCAUCCAACGCCAUACAAGUGGGCUCAUUGGUUCUCAUCACCGACGAGAGGCUCCCGCGAUGUAAGUGGCCAUUACCCAGAGUUUCCACCCUGAUGCCAGCCAAGGAUGGACUCACCCGCGUGGUGACCCUGAAGACACCCACCAGACCAAUCACCAAGCUGGCACCGCUGCCCAUUGCUCAUCAAGGCCAAGCUCAACAUCCGUAG